AUGAACUUUGGCCGUGGCCCCCCGGUGGUGUUGAACGUCGGGGGCACCCGGUACUCCUUCUCCCGGGAGGUGUUAAAGGAUUUUCCGCUGCGCCGGGUGAGCCGCCUGCACGGCUGCCUCUCGGAGAAGGACGUGCUGGAGGUGUGCGACGACUACGACCGGGAGCGGAACGAGUACUUCUUCGACCGGCACUCGGAGGCUUUCGGCUUCAUCAUGCUGUACGUGCGGCACGGCCACCUGCGCUUCGUGCCGCACAUGUGCGAGCUCUCCUUCUACAACGAGAUGAUCUACUGGGGGCUGGAAGGCUCCCACCUCGACUACUGCUGCCAGCGCCGCCUCGACGACCGCAUGUCCGAGACGUACACCUACUACGCGGCAGAGGAGCCGCCAGGGGAGUCGGGUGGCGGCCCCGAGGGCAAGGGGAGGCGGCCGCCGGGAACCGAGGGCGGGAAGUGGCUGGAGAGGAUGAGGAGGACUUUCGAGGAGCCCACGUCCUCCGUGGCCGCCCAGGUCCUGGCCACCGUCUCCAUCCUCUUCGUAAUCGUGUCCAUGGUGGUGCUGUGCGCCAGCACCCUGCCCGAGUGGCGGGCGCCGGGGAAUCGCAGCAUGGAGGAGCAGAGCAGGUACACAGCAGAGUCAGUGAGGGAGCCCUCAGGGAUAAUUGAAGCUAUCUGCAUAGGCUGGUUCACUGCAGAAUGCAUUGUGAGGUUCAUCGUCUCCAAAAACAAGUGUGAGUUUGUCAGAAGACCUCUCAACAUCAUUGAUUUGCUGGCAAUUACUCCUUACUACAUCUCUGUUCUAAUGACAGUUUUCACAGGGGAAAAUUCACAGCUUCAGAGGGCUGGAGUCACUCUGAGGGUCUUAAGAAUGAUGAGGAUUUUUUGGGUGAUUAAACUGGCCCGUCAUUUCAUUGGCCUUCAAACACUUGGUCUGACUCUGAAGCGUUGUUACAGAGAGAUGGUGAUGCUACUUGUCUUUAUCUGUGUUGCUAUGGCAAUUUUCAGUGCACUUUCCCAGCUUCUUGAAAAUGGGCUGGACUUGGGAACAAAGAAUAAGGAUUAUGCCAGCAUUCCUGCUGCUUGUUGGUGGGUGAUCAUCUCAAUGACCACAGUUGGUUAUGGUGACAUGUGUCCCAUCACUGUGCCAGGAAGAAUACUUGGAGGGAUUUGUGUGGUUAGUGGCAUCGUUUUAUUAGCCUUGCCAAUCACUUUCAUUUAUCACAGCUUUGUGCAGUGUUACCAUGAGCUCAAGUUCCGAUCCGCUAGGUACAGUAGAAGCCUCUCUGCUGAAUUCUUAAAUUGACCAAACUUGCAUUCUGUUGUAGUUACUUGCUAAGCUUUGUCUUAGAAGAGAAUGGUGGAAGGUCCCUUCGCGUGUCCUCCUUGACUGGAUGGUCCUGUGGAACAACAUUCUCGCCAGCCUGGAGAAAGCCCGUCACCAUUCAGACAGGAAGGAUGGCCAUUUGCCUUGGGCACCUUGCAAGGAGAGGGAGUGAUGUUUCAAAUUUGAGAGAACAAAAUUAACAAAGAGGAUUCAGAAGUCCUCAACCAGACCAGUUUGCCUUCCCACACAAAAGCAGAACAAAAAAUGGGCUUAACGCUGAGAUCUGUCAUUCCUGUAAUUAUAUCCUAAACAAUUCUAAGUGAUGUGUAGCAGAAGUUUUUCAAGGAAUUCAAUAUUUAAAUAUUGAAAUGCCUCCAUAGAGGCAUUGAUAACUUCUUGCCUGAAGCAUCUCCACUUUUACUCAGAUAACCAAACUAUAUAUUGGAGAAUCACUGCUACUUUUGAGCUUUGCAACAAAGUAGAGCUGGUUCUGUAACUCAGGAAAGAUGAUGAAUAUAGGUCUGUAGGAUGAAAAACCUCAAGGCCUGAUUCUGAUCUUUGAUGAAGCACACAAAUCUUCUGUAAACCCAUUGCUCUGAAUUUGAUAAUUCACAAAGAAAUGCAAGAAAUGCACCUCCAAAUGUUGUAGUAAGGACUUCCUUAGUCACAAUUAAUUUCUUCUCUGGAACCAAAUUGUAAGUAGAAGCAAGUGCUGUACUUUACAAAGAUCAGCAUAAGAAAUCAGGGAUUGAUACAUAUAUUUGCUGGUAGCUUAGUGGGGGAGCUCUCCAAAUUUUACAUGCAUUGAGUUCAACUCCAUCCACAUGAAAUUACAUACUCAUAAGCAUAGAUUUUCCUCCCCUUUCCCCUCACCCCAUUUAAUUAAACACAGAUAUCAUAAUGAGAGUUCCCCAAGACAAAUGAUAAGAUUCCACCACUUGAGCAAGCACUGGAAAACAAGAGUAGCUGCUCCCUGUCAGAUGACACUCAUCAUCUUUAAAUUCUGUAAUCCUUACUGAAGGAUACAUGUCAAUGGAAGUUUUAAAAACAACUGUAAAAAGCCCAGAGCGUACCAAAGAAAGUAAAAUACAGACAUGUGAGUUGCAUUUGGCAAAAUGGUGUAUUCUCCAACGUAACUAGAAAAUGAAAAUGAAUCAAGUACGGUUCUAACAUAUUAUUUACUACAUUUCUCAUGUAGUACUGCUUAAUAGCAUCAUUCAGUAUAAUUCUGAAAGGCUACUACGUAGAAAUGUGCAGUUAGAUACUAACACACAUUAAGGUACAGCUUUACAAAUUUGGGUACCAAUAAACAUCAACAGGGAGCUUUCAUACUAACAUGGAAGUUCAGAGUCAUCAGCAUAGGUGAAUUCAGUGCGCUUGCCUGAAAAUACCGCAUUUACCGUUAUGUGCUGUAGAGGCAUCUUUUAUAUAUGUAAUUGUUAGAAGCUUUAGAAGUAAAAUGAGUACCACCUAGAAAACACAUCUCUGUAAUUGCUCAUGCAAACAGACCUGCCACAUUGGUCAAUAACCAGUACAAUGCAGGCUCUACCCUGAGACCUGAAAAAUUCAUUAUCAUUUUAAGUGGUCUUAGUCUUAAGUAGUCUUAAAGAAUUACAUUGCAAACACAAUUUUUCUGAAGACCUGAAGAGAACUUCAGUAGCCUUCCUACAGACAAGUUUGACUCUCCCUUCAACACUGCAUUAUUAAGAACCAUUACAACCAUACUUCUGUUCCUUGACACUCGUGUGUUCUGGUGUUCAGAAGAUUAGCUCUGUAGUUCCCUAUACUACUCUAUUUAUGCCUUUUAUGGCAGAAUCAUGUUGCUCAGAAAACAGCAUUCCACAGAGAGGUGAAUAUGAGAUCAGCAAAAAUUUCUUUCUUAGGUGAGAUUCACAGCUGAUGUUAGUUAGGCAAGUUGUGACUUCAGAGACACUUAGAUGUUCUACACCAGCAGAGAUGCUGGCUCUGUAUUCCUGCAUGUGUACCUAUAUAUAUCCUGCAUAUAUUAUAUAUUACAGUCAGUUGAAAUUUUUUUUUUCUGCUCGAAAAAAUUUCCUCCUUGACAAAAUUGAAAUUUCAGACUUUAAUCCAAACACAGCUGUUGAAGAAAAUGACAUUUUCAUCUUCUAAUGAAAAGUUAUUUUGACAGUAUCAAAACCAUUUUCAAGGAGAAAAUUGCUAAUUUUUUUUCUAUUCUGCUCCAAUUUUUUUCCAUUAAAAUAGGUUAAAAAUCCCAUGUAAGAACUUAGCCCUACAGAUUUUCAUAUGCUGUUUUUAAUGCUUGGGAAAAAUACUGUUUUUCAUAAAACUCCUUAAAACCUGCUUUGUCUUCUGUCCAUGUAUUGUACUUAGCCAAACCAAUACUCUGUCGUGAAAUGAGUGUUUUAAGGUCGCUCAAAAAACCCUCCUCCACAAAACGCCCAAACCAUCAUCAUGAUGGCAAUAGUUUGAAAUCCAUACAGAAUGUGAAAUGAAGUAUAUUGCAAUCUUGACUUCAAGCCAAAAAAAAUGCAUUUCAGCACUACCUAUAAAUCUAAUCUUUAGAUGCUUGUACAAAGGAAAAAUAUAUAAAUCAAUGCACAUAAUAAUUUGUGAAUACCAAUUUGCACCGUGAAUCAUUUUGUAUAAGCUACUACGGACAGGAAGUUUUCAAUUAUCUGGACUAUACACAGUAUACAAACAAAAUGUUCAAUCCUUUAUAAAGUGCUUUCAGCUAAAGAAUCCUUUCCCAGUGUAAAAAGGUAAUCCAGUGAAAAUAGUUGUGUAAAGGAACAGGUCUGUGGAGAUUAUCUUAAGUCAUACUGGGUUUUUUUAACAGUUUAUGUUCAAUUUUUAUAUGGUAAAAUGUGAACAGAAUGACCUAAUGUAUUUUUUAAUUUGAGUUAUAAUAAAAUAUUUUGAAACUUCUCUAUAUAAGCCCACUAGGGAGAGAUAUGGGGGUGGAGCUUUUCGUUGGGUUCUUUUUUUUCCUCUCUGCUUUUAUUGUUGUGUGGUUAUCAAUGACUUAUCAGGUUAUCAGACUUUAGUUUCCUUACAAAGCAAGUUGAAAUAAAGUAAUCUCAAUGGUAGCCUUAAAACAGAAUUGUAGGCUAAAUAAAGUUCCUGACCUCUAGUAAUAUGUUGUCUUAUUUUCAAUGAACCAGGUUUUUUAGUGAAACUUUACAAAAAAUUAAUUAUAUGUGUAGUCAAAAAUAAGCGUAAACAGCUGAAACUGUUUUACUAAAAUUUUACUUGAGACUGUAUUUUACACAGACAUGGGGUGCAGCACUGUUUUGAAGUCUGUAAUUUGAAAGCCAAGGGAAGACAAGCUGGUUCAUCUUUAAUCAUUGCCAGUUUGACCUAUACAAUAAAAGACUUCAUGGGCAGUACCUCUCUUUAUCAGAAACAUUCCCAGUUGGAACAAAUUAGAGGAAAUACAAAUAGUAUAAAACUGGGGAUAAACAAAGACAGCUUAUACAAUUGUGAUCUAGCAUUUUGGUUUAUCUAAAAUGAAAACCAAUAUCAGUGAGUUUUGAACUGCCAUUGUAUGGCUUGAUGACAGUAAAGGUUAAUCAUAUGUUAUAUGUUAUAUGUUCAAACCUUAGGACUGAUUUAUUUGGAACUGUAUAUUGGCUGUAAUCAUUCAAGGUACUGCAUGUCACUUAAAAGCAUUUGAUCAUUAAUGAUAUCACUGGAAUAGAAAGCUGUCUAGGAUAUUUUCCUUCUAUAGUUCUACAUGAAACAUCAUGCCAGAUAUCACAAAGAAUGGACGAUUAUAAUUUCCCUUGAUGUAAGACUUGGAAACUGUAUUGUCUUGAUGAGUACCACAAAAAAAAUUAGUUUGGUUGACUGAUGAUUUGAAAUAGUCUUAUCAACAUAAGGAUCAGCCAUUUAAAAAUGUGAUAUUCAUUCUUACUGUACAAUGGCUUAUAUUGCUGUGCAUAGCAGAAAGUUUGAGAAAGAUAAAAAUCCUGUUAAUGUAAGUUUUGUGUCUUGAUGCCCAUGUAUUUAAAGAAAAAGGCACCCAGUUUUCAUAUCAUGUAUGUAAUUUCUGCCCAUAAAGGAAUUGUUAUUCUGAUUCCAAAAUAAAACUAAAGUCCUUGUGGGUUUAAAACACUUGUUUAUUCCCCUUUGGGUAACAACUACAAAAAUUCUACCAGAUCUGAAUGUAUGCCAAGAAGUGGUCAUAUGCACACACCAGCCAGCUAAAUUCAGCAGUCAAACCAGCCAGUUUCCUGGGAACUAGCAUAACGAGCAAGGUCUGCUGUGCUCUGAAUUUUAUCUCACCUAAGAGGUUCGGGAUUACACUGAUGAUUAAAGCUGGAUCAUUUGAAGUACCUUAAUUUUUUUUUAAUUAUCAUUUCAAAUGAGCUUCUAAGGAAAAAUUUGCUGGAAAAUUAAAUAAGCUGUGCAUAGCAAAACAGAUACCAUUUUAUUAAAAAAAAUUACUAUGGUUUUAAAAAAGGAAGCUGGCUCUCAUUUUCUGUUACUUAUUUGUAAAAGCAAACAUCCAGGUCAGGAUAUGUGAUGCUAGUUAAACUUGCUACGUAAAACAGAUCCCUGUUUAAAAUAUGGAGACUUAGUAAGAAAGAUCUUCCAGCUUUGCUAGAGCUGUAACAGUUUAUAGUAGCUGAAGAGUUGCCCCAGCACUCAUGGAAGAAACAACAAAACACUGUUUUCAUGGUAAAAAACUAAUAUGAUUUAUGGCCUGUGAAGUUCAAC